AUGAACAACCAAGAUGAUCCAUUUUACCAACUGGGUCCUGUUAGAAAGUACUUGGACUCGGUAGAUAAAUGGGAUCAAAAUAGUUCUGGGGUUUGGAAGAAGAACCUAUUGCAAAAGCUCUGCCGGAAUUUGUAUAAAUUUGGCUACGUCCAAAAUUUAAGCAACAUGACUUACGUUAUCACCCUCAAUGUAUCUGAGAACGCAUUAUCAAACGACCCCGAUACUUCAGAUUUGGAUAUUUUGAAAAGGAAUUUCUAUAUAAACUUAGACUUCCUAUGUCCCAAUGUGGAGUUAAUUCCUUCCAUAUUAGAGUUCUUGACUUCUCGGCGGCCCGAACGUCAACGAGACCAGGGCGAGAAUAUCUCUGUUGAGAUAAAAGACAUCUGUCGUAGAAAUAAUGUGCGAGUUGAUGAUAACUGGCAAGCAGAUAGACCGUACAGCAAUUUUAAAGACAUUGUGGAAUUUUUUGUAUCGGCAAAUGGCCCUCCCCGGAUCCAGCAAAAUUUAGCUCAAUUGUUUGAAGAGAGACACAUAGGUCCAUCGUCUCAGCCCUUUUUCAACUUCAUUAAAGAGACAAUUCGGAAUGUAUCUGAGGGAUCCCCCCGUGUAUACUCGCCUUGUGUUUCCAUCGUUCAAAGCAGCAUGUACGGUAAGUCUAGAUUGAUCAAGGAUCUAGCUUGUCAUCACGUUUACAUAAGUUAUAUGUGCCUACGCCAGGAAUUGGCUUCUGGCUAUCCGAGGGCUUGUUUUGGUCGCAGUAUUGACAGAAGAGAGACAUCGGGAUAUUUUAGAUAUUCAAAUGAUUCCGCUUUUGCUUGUGACGUUGUACUAUUCCUAAUUUGCACGCUUGAAGUGAUCGUCGAAGGACUUGAACGGAAUGAUGAUGACUUUACAACACUUGAAAGAUUUUGGAAUUUACAGGAAACAUCAUUGGUCUUUGAGCAAAAUGUAGAGAUGAGGUUUUUAGAAAAGAGAGAUUCGAUAGGUUAUAUAUGGGGUUCUAUCCGUGAUGAAAGCGCGGUCACAAUUACGGAAGAUUCUGUGGUAAUAUCUGAAGGUGUAAAAGAUCUACUACGAACAGGAUGGCGCAAAUACUGCUCGGCACUGAAGAGGAACAAGGACCCGAAAAUAGAAGAGUGCUUUGUGCUCGCCAUAGAUGAAGCUAGAUCACUGGGCAUCCAAAGUAAGCCUGAUACAAUGAGUGAACCUUUCCUAAAAAUAUUCAAGAGGGUGGCACGUUUCUUUAAUACUGCAAUCCUAUGGAGGGGUUUUGCUAUAAUUUUUGCCGGUACGCCAGCAGCUAUUAGUGAUUUAUCUCCACCGCCUGAAGAUGAUAGUUCUUUAAUAGCUACAGAUACAAUCGACGCUCAUCCCUGGUACAACCUCGGCACCUUCGAUUUACAUGUGAGAUGGGGUGAAACACCGCUUACAUUAGACUUCACCGAGAUCGGAACUUUGAGAUACUAUGCCAAGUUUGGUAGACCGAGUUGGAAGCUGUACACUGACAGUGGGCAUGAAAACGAACUUCUGCCAGUCGCCAGUGCUAAGCUUAGGGGAAGACAUAUUGACAACCUAUCAAAGUAUCAACUCCUUUACCCAGUAUACGCUCCGUCCAUGAGUCACGAUUACCGUAUAGCGGAAAGCUUAGUAGAAUCACGAAUGGCCACACUCCAAUGGGUGUCUGAUCACCGUGAUAAAAUCGAGGUAGUAUACCCUAGUGAGCCCAUUCUGGCAUUAGCAGCCCAUAGGCUCUUGGAAGGCGAAAAUGACUGUGAGCUUGUCACCGAUUUGAUUACAGACAGGCCUAUGCCUAGUGGGGAUGCUGGUGAGCUUAUCGCCAGAUGGAUGUUGCUUGAUGCUUUGAAAACCGCAGGUCUGCGAGAUGGCAUGCAGAGCAAUUACUGUCGUGUUCGGGAUCUUUUCAAUGGCCUUCAGGAAAACUAUCUCGUCACAUCCAACCACCCAGAUGAACAUCACUUACUUAAUGGGAGAAUACAUAUCAACCAUUGGAAAAUACUUGACUCUAAGUGUACUCUCAAUGAUUUGGCUGAAGGAUUCUUGAGAGGCUGUGGAUUUUGCUUCAAAACAAACCAGCCGGCUUUUGAUCUCGUCAUCCCCAUAUAUUUGGAAAGCGAACACGUAGAUCUUACGAACAUCAGACUCUUUGAAGGGGACAAGAAUAUAGAAUGGGCAAAAGAAGAGAAGGAUGCAGUACGUCAAGCAUUUAGUGUUAUCGUCAUUCAAGUUCGUAACAAUCAAAAUUCGAGUGACGAUAAAUACGAAAAAAUUCACGACCAGAUGGUUCACCACAGUCAACAAAUCUUCGAAAGGAAAAGGCCGUAUAUAAUUACGGCCUAUUUCCAACUAGGUGAAUCACCACCUGUUGGUUAUAGAAAUGAGCCUAGUUAUAAAAUGAAUUUGGCAAAUUUCUUUUCAAUUCAAGAAGAUAGUGGUGAUACCACUCGUCCAGAAGGAGAUGCUGUGCUCAAUCAAGACUUCGCUCUUGCCUACGACAUUCGAGUCACUGCUACAAAUGCAAACAAGGAGUUCAUUGACAAAUAUCGGGAAGUUGUUCUUUAUGGUCGAAAGCGAAGGCAGCUGCGGCGAAAUCAAAGGGGUGCUAGACCAGAGACUCUUACUGUUCGUGCGGAUGAUGGGGAUGGCGGUGAGCAAUCAGAAGGGGUUGGAGAGCGGGAAAUUCCCGACGCUCCUAACGUUCUUCCACAACCUCAAGAUGCUAAUGAAGACCAGAGACAGGUAAUUCCCGACGCUCCUAACGUUCUUCCACAACCUCAAGAUGCUAAUGAAGACCAGAGACAGGUAAUUCCCGACGCUCCUAACGUUCUUCCACAACCUCAAGAUGCUAAUGAAGACCAGAGACAGGUAUUACAGAUUCCCUCCAUUCUAAGCCGAUUACGCCCCCGGUCAGCGAUCCGCCCUAAAUAUACUUAA